CUCCUCUCCAGAAUGACCACGCUGACAAGAGGGCUCAAGAUCACUCUUUACUGAAGCCAGAUGGAGGAGGGUAAAACUGAGAAAUAAACAUGAUCAGAGUAUGUCGGUGACUCGGAUCGCUUCAGUCGGUGGGAAUCCUCUCCUGCGUUUCAACUACCAGCUCAGUGAGCAUUGCUCAGUAUGCUUGGAUACAUUCCUGUCAGCUGACAGCCUCUUCGUGAAGAUCCCCGCCGGGCCACUGAAGGAGGGGAGCAAAAAGGUGCUCACUGCUGUCUUGGAGUUCGCUGAGGAGAAGGUGAAAGUCGACUACGUGUUUCUCUGGUUUGAUAAAAACGGAGAGGAUCGACUGUCCAUCAUCAGGACUUUACACUACAUGGGCUUCGAGGUGGUAAAGCCAGGGAACCCUCUGGUCCCGGCCUGGCCCAAUCUGAUCUUCAUGGUCUAUUCUCUGGACUACAGCAGCUCUGAUGAGGAGUGA